AUGGAUUAUGGAAUAAAUGGGCAAUGCGACGAUACAGGUCCACUUUUAUUGAAUGCGGACAAUUCACCUCAAUACUUUACAUCACCAAAUUACCCAAGCAACUAUCCAGCAAAUGCUGAUUGCUCGUGGCGCAUUCUUGCACCAAGCACGGAUGAUAGAAUCAUUAUCAACAUUGAAGAUUAUGAUUCAGAAAGUACAACAUCAGAUUAUAUGGAUUUGUAUGAUGGCUAUAACACAUCAGCAACGCGUAUAAUACGGAUGGCUGUUACUAACAGGAAGACUUUAAAUGCUUUUGUUAGCAGUAGUGAUGCUCUAUACAUCACCUUUGUAUCUGAUUAUUGGAUACAAUAUACUGGAUUCCAAAUACUUUAUUUCACAAACAAUGCAGCAAAUCAGGCGGGAUGUGAUGACACACUAACAGUAACAGGAUCGGAGCAGAUAUUGAUGUCCCCAAAUUUACCAGCCGCAUAUGACGCAUCUCAUUCUUGCUCAUGGACAUUUUCAUCAACUACAGGAAUUCUGUUUCAAAUAAAGUUUCUUGAUAUGGGAAAUUGUGGAACGAGUCACUUAAGAUUCUACGAUGGUAAUUCCACGGCUGACACCCAACUUGAUACAGUUUGUUCCACGGCUCUAGUAUAUGAGUUUACUGACAUAGAAACAACCGAAUUUACCGGUCAUAUUGUCUGGACAGUUACCACUCCAACAUCUGACUUUUAUGGUUUUAUGUUGAUAUACAGGACUAACGUAGUCACAACAACUUCUACUACUUCUACUACGACGACAAUGAUCCCCUCUGUACUUGACAAUUGCACAGCUUCCGGGGCGUACCUUAGUCCAGCAAUAUCCCCCAAUUCCGUAUUCAUAAAUUCGCCACAGUAUGGAAGCGCAUACCCAAGUAAUACAUUAUGUAUAUGGUACAUCUCGGCUCCAGAAGAUUACGCAGUUGAGGCGAAUUUUGAUGACGAAACAUUUGCCAUUGAAACACACACUUAUUGUUCCUAUGACUACGUGAUCAUAUAUGAUGGUAACACCACAAGUGAUUCAAUAUUGAGCAAAUUUUGCGGAAGUGUAAGCCCAUCGUCAAUUUAUAGGAGCUCAGGGCAGCAAAUGAUGAUAAUUUUCUCGUCGGAUUACUCCCUUCAAUAUGCUGGUUUUAGGUUAAGAAGCUUUAUUACAGCCUACCCAGGGUGUAAGUCUGGUUAUACUACAUAUACAGCGUCAGCAUCUAUUGGACCAACUAUAGCAAAUUCGAAUAAACCAUACACAAGCAAUCAAGACGAGUAUUUCCUUAUAACUAAUCCAGGCGGUACACUUAUUCUACAGUUGAUUGAAAUGAGCAUGGAGAGAGCAUUUGGAUGUAUCUACGACAGACUUAUCAUUUAUAAUAGUACCGUAUCAACUGGAGCUCCAACCACAACGACUACUACAUUAGGUCCACCACUUUCCGCCGAAGUUAAUCUUAUCAAUGAGGUGCUGACAAACUACAGUAGUGCCAACUUUCCAGUCAGAAAUCUAUCAUCUGCUGUCGAGGCAACAGUGGAUUUUUUUUGGGUUUGGGGGUUAGCAGUUAGACGGGUACAACAGAAGUUGACGACGACAAUACAGUUUAAGAUCACGUGGACAGAUGAUAGUAUGGUAUGGCCGAUUACCAAACUGUCCGGAAUCUCAAAACUUCUCAUGCCACAGGUUUAUACCAAACUUAUACAAGGGGCAUAUUUUAAUUAG